GUAGCGUUAGCUUUUCCUCCGAGCAGAGAGUGUGUUGUUGUGUGUGAGCCGAGUGUGUGAGCUGAGUGUGUGAGCUGUGGCAGUAACAAUGCCUUCAGUUCAGUCUCUGAGAGAGUUUAUCAACGAGCGACUAACUGCUGCUGCUGAACAAAUAUUCUUGGAGUUUGAAAAAACGAUCGUCCAGUACGAGGAAGAGAUCGACCGUCAGCGCAGACUGCUGGAUAUCACCUGGAAACCCCAAAUCAAGCUGCACAGGACAGAUGUCCCACAGCAGCGUGUCUGUGAGGAUAAGGAGGAGGAGGAGGUUCUCCCUGAGCAGCAGCUCUGGAAUCAGGAGAGGAGCUCCAGUCUGGACCAGGAGGAACCAGAACCUCCACAGAUUAAAGAGGAACAGGAGGAACUGUGCAGCAGUCAGGAGGGAGAGCAGCUGGGACUGAAGGAGGAGACUGAUACCUUCAUGGUGACUGCUGCUGAGGAAGGAGAGCACAGUGAACCAGGAGGAGACGGGGAGUGCUUCAUCUCACAAGGUUCUGAGACCUUUAUGCGUAUUCAGUCCAAAUCUAAAGAAAUUUUAGAACUCAUUAAGAAUUCUCUUUGGUGCGAGGAAGAGAUGGACUGUCAGCGCAGACUGCUGGAUAUCACCUGGAAACCCGAAGUCAAGCUGCACAGGACAGACGUCCCACAGCAGCCUGUAUGUGAGGAGGAGGAGGAGGUUCUCCCUCCUCAGCAUUUCUGGAACCAGGAGAGGAGCUCCAGUGUGGACCAGGAGGAACCAGAACCUCCACAGAUUAAAGAGGAACAGGAGGAACCGUGCAGCAGUCAGGAGGGAGAGCAGCUGGGACUGAAGGAGGAGACUGAUACCUUUAUGGUGACUGCUGCUGAGGAAGGACAGCACAGACCAACCAUGGAGCAGCUCCUCUCUCACAGCUCUGCUGUAGAUCAUGGAGAAAGCAGGAACGUUUAUUCAACUAGAAAUAAAGUGUUAGCACCAACGACACAUCUUAGGAACAAAAGUCACAGUAAGGGUGUAGACCCCCACAUGUCAGAGAUCCAGUGCAACACCGACACAGUGAAAAAGCUCGUAACAUGUGAUGUUUGUGGCAAAGCCUUUAAGAGAAGGUCCCGAAUGAAGGACCACUACAGAAUCCACACAGGUGAGAAGCCUCAUUCUUGCAAAACGUGUGGAAAAAGCUUCACUCAGAGGAGCGCUUUGACUGUCCACAUGAGAAUCCACACAGGCGAGAGACCGUAUCCCUGUAAGACAUGCGGGAAAAUGUUCACGUACAGUAGCAUUUUGUUGGGACACAUAAGAACUCAUACAGGUGAGAAGCCGUACCACUGUAAAAUAUGUGGGAAAGUGUUCACGUAUAGCAGCCAUUUGUGGCGCCACAUGAAAAGUCACCCAGGUGAGAAGACGUAGUUUUCAAAGUUUAUUAAAGGAAACUGUGAAAGUCAGGAAAUUAAAUAUUAAGUGUUUGCUGUGUACGACUGGAUUACUGUCAGCUACUGCUGAAUCAGAGUUAGUGUAUGAAAGUAGAUUUUUAUGUGUAGCAGCACAGGAGAAAGAAGUAAUGCUUGUGUCAAACAGACAUUGAUGGUCCUCACAGAGCAGUUUUGACGGAGGAAGCCCAACUGAAGGAAGAGUUUUCACUCGUACUUUUUGGGGUUGGCCUGCAGGGGGUGCUCAUGAGAAGGCAGCAGGGGAGGACUCAGCAUCUGGAUUGAUGUUUUUCUAACUAGUCUUGUACUGUUGUGUAGUUAGUGAAGUUAAUCACACCAGUAUAAUGUGAAGGCUGGGUUGCCAUGGUAACACCAAGGUCAAGGUAACUUUAUUUAUACCCAUAGGCAAGGUAAAUUUGCUUUACAGAAAAAUGAUAGCAUUUGGCAUCCCUUCAAAAACACACAUACCUAGUAAAAAUAUAAACCUCACUGUAGCAUAUAGUAAUUUAAUAUUUUGAUUCAAAAACAGUUCUUAUUUAAUUCAGUAACAGCAACGGGGACAAAGCUGUUUUUAUAACGCUUUGUCCUGCAUCUUGGAAAUAGAAACCUCCGUCCUGAGGAAAGAAGCUGAAAUUCACCCCUUAGUGGAUGGGAACCAUUUUUAAGGAUUGAUAAAGCCAUCCUCUGUACCUGCUUAGAGUACAGGGAGGCUAAACAAGACUGUGGCUCACCUAUCAGACGACUGGACCAUCUCACUAUCUGAUUCAGUGAGUGUUUCUCUGUGACAGAGGUCUGACUGAACCAUGCCACCAAACAAAAGGAUAAAACAGACUCAAUAAAAGAACGAUAAAGUUAAAAUUUUUCGGUCAAUGUGGAAAUGAGCAAGUUUCCUAAGGCAAUAAAGGUGCUGGUGACCCUUUUUACAAACUGAUUUGCAAUUCUGAUCAAAGUUCAGUUUUUCAUUGAUUAUUGUCCCAAGAUAUUUAUAUGAUUGUACUUGCUCUAUUUUCUGACCUUUAAUUAAAGUGACUCCGUGACCAGGAUAAAAUAAAUAAGUAAACUUCACAGGUUUUGUUUGGACUUUCCCAGGGUGCAUCAGGAGCUUUUUAAUGAAAAGGUUGGAUUUUAAGUUCUGACAAGUACCCGAAAAGUUAAAUAAAAAUAAAGCCGGCCUUGGACUGAAGGAACGAACCCUGAUCCAUGUUUGUUGGAUGAUCUGAGUGGGCUUUACCCAUGACUACGCCAUCACUCUGGUCAGGACUGGAUCGAUCGAGGCUGGCUGCCGGCGGAGCUCACGGGCACGUCACUGCAACCCCCCCUGGCUUCUGCUCCGCGGCUGCUGAGUGAUCCCUCAUCUGGGACUCUCCUCAGCUCUUUCUGGGACAGUGGCGCGGCUGCCCCUCUGUUGGUCUCUUGUGUUCUGGGGGCCUCUGGAUGUCUGGAGUUUUGAUCUCCUCCAUACCUGCUUCAUGCCGUGGAGGAUGGGACUGUGGCCCCCCACACCCUCUAGCAGAUCAUUACAUUAAGGAACCUUUUAAAUACAAGCGCGCUCAUGCUCACAGGUGUACACACAGGUGAUCACACACACAAACUACACCCUUUUU